AUGGUGACGUUCAGCUUGGAUGACCGUUUGCUUGCUGCUUACCUUUUCUAUGGCUCUAUUCUUCUGCUUAAAAUGCUGUUGAUGUCAUUUAUCACUGCCUUUCAACGCAUAAAGAACAAGGUUUGGAGUUUUUUAAAACAAUUUUUCUGCUUCAUGACAUGAUAGUCUUUAGGUUCAAGAUCGGUAGUUUGCACUUAGGUUGCAAUCAGGCGAUCUUCUGCAGUAACUUGAAUUAGAUGCUAAAAACUCAGAGAAUUGGUCUGCUCUUUCACUAAAUGGUUAUUUUUACUUUGUACUUUAUUUGUUAUUGCGGUGACUUUGUAAAAAUCUAGAAAAAGCGGCUUGUGCUCAUCAAGAAGUAAUAAAGGCUUGGACGCUUGGCCGAUCUUAAAGCCAGGGGCACCCAACGACCGUUUUCGGGGAAAUAUCUGUUCGGAGCCCUCUAGAAUGGCUAGAAUUUUCGGGAGCCCAAGAACAGCUAAAAAUUUCGAAAAUGUUUCGUGGUGACUGUUCGUUGGGCUCAGAGUUUCGGGAUUUGUGUGGUUUGUUCACCUAAGAAUUUCGGAUUUUGUAGUAAUCUCUAGAUCACCUAGAAAUUUCGUAGCUUUCGUAGUAAUCUCUAGAUUCUGAUUUCGACACCUACAGAUUUCGUAGCUUUCGUAAACUAAGAAUAGAGCAAAAUUUUUAAACCCGGCAGUCUCAUUAGCGAAAAUUUCACACAACUGAUUUAAGCCCCAACGCCCCAACGACCCUUUUCUGGAGGGUACCAGGCUUACCGGUUACGCGUACGCUAUAUCAGCGUGCCCAUCGCGUGAAUAGCGCCUGUCAUUCAUGUGUAUCGGUCGAUGGACACUCACGACAGUAUCGGCAACUGAUGAGGUUCGUGAGGAGAACCGAAACCAUGGUCUUGCCUGAUCACAAACUGUGGCAAUAACAAAACAGUUCAAAGACUGUUAAGCUUAUUCAAAGCUAUUACCAAGGGAGGAACUACGCGCUCCAGUCAAAAGACUCACACUAUCUUUAGAAAAACACUAAGCUGGAGUUUACUGAGUCACAAUUCAUGCAAUUCUCCAUAGUAAGUUUAUGUAGCUUCAGUUUAAGCUGCAGUUCACUCUUAUAAUUUUGGAUCUGUAAGUCACUAUCCGUGAUAAUUUAACAUUCUGCAAAGAAAACUGACGAGCUGGGCCCAGCGUGAUACAGCAUUGCAGAAAAACAUUACACUCACGGACUAAAGAGUAUCGCUUAGAUCAGAUCCAGAAGGCACUUUGGAGAAAAUUGGAACCCUUAUUCAGCCGUAAUAAAAAAAGCUUUACGCUUCAAAAGGGGUCAAAGAAAAUGCGCUUGCAUCAGAGCGCAAAUCCUGCCGAUCAGAAAACAAUAACUACAGUCAAUCGAUAUAUAUGUCAUGACCUCUCAGUGUGAAACAUGCGGCUAAAACCACAUUUGCUCAGUAAAAUGCAGAACCUUCCAGAGCAUAAUCUACCCAGCAGAUAAAAACAACUUCAUUGGAAUAAGCAGCAUUUUGGCAUGAGGUAAAAGUCGUGUAGGCCUACCACCCCCUUUUAUUGCCUGAUAAUUUACUGUAAUCGUCAGCUGAUAAUUCACCUAAGAAUUCAGAUAAUUGUAAAUUAUUAUCUAUACUUGGAGGAAUCUCCAGACUCCAGAAUCUUGGUUAUUCCAGUGUUCUGAGUUUUUUCUUACCAAAUUUCUGUUUACGCAAUUCAGUGACAAUUGCCCGUAGGGACACACUGACGCCGAAAUACAGGAAAAAGUACCCGAUUAAACAGUUGUUUAAACUGUUCAAAGAACUUUUAUAAAACGCGUAAUCUUCUGAUCUUUACUAUCCCAUCCUGCGUUCUGCCUACUUGACCUAUUCCGCCUAUUCUUCAGCUUCCCCCCAUCAGCUGUCCUCUCCUAUUACCUUAGCACCCAGAGCACCUUACCCCUGAACCCUUGGGAACGAACACAAAAGAGAUUUCCGCCGUCUCCCGGGUCCGGUCUUUAAGUGCGGGCUCAUUUUCCCGAACAGCGGCUGGUAAUCGAGCCUAAGCCGUGCCCUGGGCCAUCCCAACUGAUCUCAAAUCUGCCAACUGCCUUAGCUGACUGCGUUCAAUGUGCGUUGUAAUCAGUCAGUGCCAUGCCGUAUUUCAGAUUUUUCCGCAAGUGCCGUGCGAAUUGAGUUCGGCAGGGUACAAGACGUUUCAACUGGCUUUAAAAUCACUUAAAUGCCUUUUCUUUUACACCUAGAAUUUUCUAUACAUUCAUUAGACGUUUCAACUGGGUUUAAAAUCACUUAAUUCCCUUUUCUUUUACACCUAGAAUUUUCUAUACAUUCUACGUCGCCCUAGAAAAUUCGGAGACAUUCUCACACUAGAUAAAGUUUUCGGAGAAAACUUGAAAGGACCCCUAAAAAUGUCGGUCAAGGGAAAAGCUCGUCAGGUAAUCUUACGUUUUCGGAAAGCUUUCACUGUAGGCUGUUAUUUUCGGGAAAGGCGAAAAACAGCCCUAAAAAAUUCGAGACGUUCAAACCACUCCUAGGACGACCGAACAGAUCAAAUUUUUUUAGCGAUGCGAAUUAUUCAUUUAUAUUGCUUUUAAAGCACUCCAGGAUGCAUAAGGAGCCAUUUCAGAUCAUUUCCCAGAAAACGGUCGUUGGGUGCCCCUGUAAAGCUUACGCCACGGACACGAAAAAAUAAAAUGCAAGUAGCACUUCAGUGUAAUAUGACAACAACUUAAUGGCCGUUUCAGUUACACUAAAGACGCAUUAUCUGUCUGGACUAACUUGGACUUUGUAGUCGCGUCUGGUUAUGCGUAAGUCUUAACGAAACGAAGGGGCACACGAGUCAUUAUGCGUUCAGACGAACCUUUCGAUGACUACUGUUGGGUCGUUUACGUCUUUAUACUCGAGACGCAAGUUAGCGUCCUCUACGGCCUAUAUCAGCUUGAGAUGUCGCUAGUGUGAGUACACGGCCCAGAAUUGUGAACAAUCUAACAGAGAAUCAGAGAGAAUUGGAGAAAAAUUUUUGUUAAUACGUUCAUGGACCUUUUCUCAAUCGUUGCAUUGACACGGAAACAAAAAGGUCUGUACCGACGGGGGACUUAUUUAUAGGAACUGAAUGCGGACUGAAAAACGGCAUACAGUUGAAAUAAUAUAUAUCUUUAUAGGGUGCUUUUUCUGCAUAGCCCCAUACAUGCAGCAAUCUGCUUGACAAUGGUCCGUUGUAUGUACAAAUGCAUAAUAAAUGUAGGAGGCUGUGCGUAUUGAGUGAAACUCUUGACAGUUUAUUGCGGUCUAAGAAUAAAUGAUUGAAUAAAGUGAAACUUCAAAUUGUUUCAGACUUUAAGAAGUUUGUGCAGUUUGCAUUGUAGGAGUUCCAUGCACACAACUGUUUACUGGAAUCUAGAUUGCACUAAAAGAAACAUAGCUUAUCGAGAGGGCUUUCUAUUCACAGAAUUUACAUGCAGUGAGGUCCAUUGACUUUGGUAAUCUGUUUGUUUGAUAAAUGUGUAAACUAAUUGCAUCACUGAUCACCAUUUGCAUAUGUGCACAGGCAUUUCCAAGUCCAGAGGAUUAUAGAGUCAAAAAAGAUGGUGAUAAGGACAAGAGCAAAGAAGUAAUAAUACGAAAAAAUGAUGAUGUGGAGAGGGUUCGACGGUAUGUUAAACUGUCAUCAGGAAUUUAGCAUUUUAUGGUCAGAUUUGGUUGGUUUAUUCUUGAAGGCGGAUUCUGGCAGAAAUCGCUGGGUACCGCCCGGCUUAACUAAUACCGGAAUUACAGUGCGGUUUGUUUGCGGCAUAAAGCUUACUAUGCCUUGCCACGGAUUUGUUAUGUCGUAUUCACCAUUUGCUCACUGUUUGGAUAUCUUUAUUUUUAAAAUACUCCUCUCAGUGCAGACUUGGGCUGAUGCAAACUAUAUGUAUUCUGGCCCCGGUUGUUCAAACGUUGGAUAGCGCUAUCCAUUGGAUAAAUAACUAUCCAAUGGAUAAGUAUUUAGGAAAACAAUUGCGUUAUCCUCUGAAUAGAUUUUUAUCCGGUGGAUAGCGCUAUCCAACGUUUGAACAGCAGUUGAAAAGCUAUGACGUAAAAUUUUAUGCGCAAAUGAGUUCUAGCCAAUCAGAGGAGAGAACGAUGUUUCUCACACGUGAUACGUCGAAUCAGAAUCGCGAACGAUGUCUUUUCACGUGUGAGAAAAAUGAUACGUCCAAUCAAAAGCCACAGAGGCGUGUGAGUUUCGCGCCAAAAUCCCGCCUUUAUAGGAGCUUGCAGCUUGCAGCGCCCUCGCUUUCUAGUUCGAUUUCUGAUACGUCAACAACUCGUGCGUAAAUACCGUACGUAGUCUACGUAAGCACUUUUCCAUGAUGAUUCUAUAUUCAGGUUAUGUUCACACUGAUAGCGGAUAGCGGUUCCUGUCGGCACGAAAGCUGUCCGCCAUAUAGUGUGAUCACCCACGAUUUGCGACACUCCUUUCAUUAGAGGUGGGAGUGGCGUAGCUUCGCUCCGUUACAGAAAUUGCUCCGAAAAUCAAAUCAUCCUUCUUGGGUGUGAACACAAGCCCUCGAUCCGGUAUGGUUUUCGUACCGGCGCAAAAGUUAUCCUGUAUAGUGUCAACGAAGCCUAAGGCCCCGUUCACUGAAACACGUCGCAUUUCACAUGUACCGAAUUUACUGCUAACGAGAAAAACUCAUGCGGUACAUUUGAAAUGCGACGUUUGACCUAAGAUUCUUAUGGUUUGCCUUAUUAUUUAUUUAUUCAUUUUUUAGAGCACAUCUAAAUGAUCUGGAGAACAUCCCGAUCUUUCUGAUCAUUGCCUUUAUAUUCAUGUUGGCCAACCUGUCUCCUACCCGCGGAAUCUGG